CCGGAGAGAAAAAGAAGUGUGAAGCUACCACGAGUAUUGCCGUCGAGUGGACAGACAGGCGCACGGCUUGAUCUUUAUCCAUCUCAUCUCAUCAUCUUGCCUACCAUUCGUCGUCGGAACGGAGAUCCAGGAGAGCAUCCUCAUCCCUGACCUGGCCUGUGUGUGCGCAGGCGGCAGCAGUAGUGUCAGGAUGGCCUCAGCGGUGCACAAACUGAGGCCGGAGGACCAGGCGAGGAUCGGCAAGGCCCUCGUAGGCAAAGAUCUCAAGGGAUUCGCAUGGACCCAGACCAAUGGGCACGUCAUCGUAAGCCACACAGGCCGAUGCGCGUGUUGUGAUGGCUUGGAGGAUGCAUGUGUGUUUUGUUUGUCUCUGUCUGUUUCUCUCUCUGUGUCAGUACACGUGGGAGGACGGCAAGUGGGACGAGGGUCGCUUCGAGCACGACCCCUACAUCAGGUGCCACAUCAUGUCCAACUGCUUCCACUACGGACAGGCAUGCUUCGAGGGACAGAAGGCGUUCCAUCUCAAAGACGGUCAGGGCGACACACGCCUGAUGGAUGGACUCAUGAACGAGGUCUGCUGUGUUUGGGGUUGGCUACAUGUGUGUGCAGGCCGUGUGUGCAUCUUCAACGACAAGGUGGGAUGACCGCCUUCGUUGAACCCAUUCUUGUGUCCAUGCCUGUGUGUGUCUGUGCGUGUUGUGGUUCAGGCGAAUGCGCUGCGUAUGCAGAUGUCCAACACACGGAUGAUGAUGCCGCUGGUGCCGGUCGAGAUGUUCCAAAAGGCGUUGGAUUGGGUGGUGCACGAGAACCUGGAGUACCUGCCCACCUACGACAUGAAGGGAUGCUCCCUCUACAUCAGACCAUUCUGCAUCGGUACACAGACAGACAGACAGACAGACAAACGAGCCGCUGGCAUGAUGGGUGUGCCUGUAAUGGUGUGUAUGUGUGCAGGUGUGGGUGAUUUGAUCACUCCCGUGCCGUCCAACAAGUUCCACUUCGUGGUGAUGGUGAUGCCCGUCGGGUCCUACUAUGCUGUAGGCAAGAACCUGGUGGGUGAGACCCAUACACAGCCACACUACACCUGUCACUGACUGCGUGUGGGGCGCACACACCAGACAGAUCAGCCGGGCUGGUUCCUGGCAAGACCCACUUAUAUCAUGGAUGCGCUGUGUGUGUCAUGUGGAUCAGAAUGCUGUUGACGGUGUCGUGAUAGAGGAGUUCGACAGGGCGGCGCCACGGGGGGUUGGCAACGUCAAAGUGGUGAGUCACUGCACACACUUGAGGCACACACAGAUCGGAUCGGCCGGUGCAUCGAUGCGUGGUCAUUCAUACAACUCAGGCGGGCAACUACGGUGCCGACAUCUACCCAGCGUACAAGGUGAGACAGACAGACAGACAGCCAGGCCAGCCUGCACACAGAGAGAGAUUGAGGAAGCACCCGCUCUCAUGUUUCCUUGUGUGUGAUCAGUACAAGAAGUUGAAGGGUUUCCCGCUGCCGCUGUACCUUGACCCGAAGGAGAAGCGGUACAUCGAGGAGUUCAACACGUCCAACUUCGCCGCCAUCACCAAGGACGGCACCUACAUCACAUCCGAGUCAGCCGCCAUACUCGACUCCAUCACUAACAGGGUCAGUGCGCACCAGCCAGACAGCCUGCGCGGGCACGUGUGUGCAUCUGUGUGUGUGUCUGUGUGUGUGUGCAAUGCAGUGUCUGCAAGUGUUGGCUCACGAGAUGAACGUCCCCGUGGAGAGGCGGCCUAUCGGUAAAUGGUCACUCAUCUGCACACAACCCAGCAGAAGGCGGACAUUCGGCGUGUGUGUGUGCAGAUUUCGACGCUGAGGUGUCGACCUUCGACGAGGUGGGCGCCAUCGGCACUGCCGUGGUCAUCACCCCAUGCAAGUCACUCACACGCGGAGAGACGGUACACACCAACCCGACCGCCGCACACCGAUGGCUACCUGCUCAUUGCUCAUGGUCCUUGAGUGUGUUGUCUCCCUGUGUUUGUCGACCAGAAGUACCAUUUUUCUGAGCCCAAGAUCCUGCAGCAGCUGUACGACCGAAUCACAGCCAUACAGGUCAGCCAGACACGGCCACAGACGCGCCAUGCACGACAUGACGACACACGCGUGUGUGUGGUUUGUGUAUGUGUGCAGCGCGGCGAUGCCGAAGACCGGUACAACUGGCUGCGCGAGCUGGGGGAGGUCCACCUGCCCAAGGAGGGACAGUACAUUCAACAAAACGGCUACCACUGAACCGAACCGCCCAGCCGGUCAGCGAUGGAAGACGCCCUGUGUCAGUCAGUGACUGCUGCUGCUUGGAAGAGGGGGCGGGCGGGGGCUGUGUCGAUACCCACACGUACGUACGAGUGUUGCCAUGGCUGUUGUCGUGUUGCCUCUAUGGCAUCUGUCUGGUUGGCCUGCUCCCCACCUCGCUGUGGGUGAGACCCAUCACAGAGUCUGGAUGUGACACGCUGCUGGGAGGUCGAAGCCAACCAAAACAGUGCAAGAGAGAGGACGACAAGAAGAUGUGUGUUGUGGUUAACUUUGAGGGGGAGUAUGACGUGUUCUCUCUUUCUUUCUGUCUCUCUGGCGGCCGUGGAUGAUGCCCUUGUGUUGGUUGCUGCUACCUAUCGCGUGUGAAACAGCAUGUGGUGGGCAGCCGCAACAGACGCAGGGCCGAUCGGCCAUGGCUGUCGACGAGACAAUGAAUCGAGCCACCGCCAAGGCAGGGAUGCUGUGUAGGCUAAGCGACCACACACACUGUUCUUUUUCAUGUGCUGAUCAGCCAGUGCAUAUCUCACACA